AUGGAAACUUGGUUUUGGAUUCUUGGCUGGAUUCUGUCCAUUCUGACGAUAGCUGGAAAUGGUUUCACCGUACUUCUUGUGGGCAGUCAAAGUCGGCUUCGCACCAAAACCAACGCACUGAUCGUUUCACUUGCAGUGGCGGAUUUCUGUGUUGGGGCGUUUGCUGUUCCUUCACUAUUCGUCUGUCACAUCAGAGGUGGCUGCAACUGGCCCCAACCCUAUGCGUCCUGGGUGGAUUUUAUAAGGUGGCUCUUUGUGUACGCCUCUAAAAUGAACCUGUGUAGCUUGGCACUGUAUCGGUAUAUGGCUGUUGUGAAGCCACUGAAAUACGUCACCUUUAUGACCGCGCGACGUGUCACCCAACUAACAUAUUUCUCUUGGCUUAUCGCUCUUGGUUAUGUAAUUUUUUCUGUUAUAAUGGUUUUAAAUCUAACGUUUUCUUCAUAUAUAAUGGUCUUAAGCGUAUGUUCUACAGUCCUUGAGAUUUUUUUCAGCUGCAUGUUAAUUUUCUGUUUUAUUUCCAUGGUAACAGUUGUAUACAAACAAACUCGAUCAUCAGCCAUCUUGGCAAAACAGCUACGUUUUAACCAUCGAGGUUUGACGUUCCAAAAAUAUGACAAAUCAGCAGUUGUAAUGUUGGCAGCUGUGGUAGGCUUCGCUCUAGUUUGUUCUGCAAUUUCCAUGCGCUGUGACUUUCUUGAGUUUUUUGUAAAACAUCCAACUCAACACUCUACGCCGUGUAAAAGUGACUUUGCGUACAAAAUACCUAUGUUAGUUCUGAACUCUGCAAUAAACCCUUUGGCAUACGCUUUUUUCAAGGGUGAUAUUAAAAGAGCCCUAAAAGGAAAAUAG